CAACUCCCGACGACACCGCAGCUCCGGCCAGUCAAGCAACCACAUUUCCUCGCUCAUUAUCUAUACACACUGUUAUUUCACAGGAAGACAUACAGAGCAGACUGAACUGGUAUUACAUCCUAAUACUACACGCGCAUACGUUCGACCAACCAGACCCCGACGUCGCUCAAUUUCCAACCGAUUAUCUCGAGAGCUACAAAACAGAAAGAAACCAAGCACAAGAGAAUCCAAACAAGAAUCCAAAAUGCCACCAACAAAACAAGAAAUUUCCCUCCUAAUCAACCCCCUCGUCCCCGAGUCCGUCCAACACAACAACCGCAUCCUCUCAAACCUCCACUCCAUAACCUCCUUCCUCCUCGGCCUCUCCGCGGGCAUCCUCGCCCUCCAAUCAUCCACCGGCUUCGCAUUCUACUUCCUCGGUACGAUCACCGUCUCCGGCUUCUUCCACGUUCUCCUUCUGUAUCGAUCCGGUGGAAAGGGUACUGGGUUGUUUUUCCCGGGUGCUGGGGGUGGGGAGAUUGAGGAUAUUGGUAUGGAUGGUAGGAUAGGGAAGACGCAGGGGAAUGGGAAUGUGUUGAGGAAGGGGGCUUGGAGGGAUGUUUGGUUUGGGGGUGGGGUGCUUGGGGAGGCGUUGUCGGGGUUUAUCUUGGGGUGGUCGGGUCUUGGGGGUGUUUUGAGGUGAUUCGGUUGCUUUUACUGGGUGGGAGGAUAUAGGGGAAUAUUGGGUUUGGUAUAUUGGGAUACUGGGUUUAGGGGUU